AAGCCCCACCGAUGCUACAGAGGACCCCGCCGCUGAACCGACGUUGUUUCUAUCAGGUUCACCGCGAGCACUCUCCUGGGUAUUAAUUCCUGUCUGAUCCCUCUUCUUUUCUUUCUCCUACAUUUAUCCCAUUCAAAAGGUAUAUACACGCAUUUCUGUUUCCACUUAACCCAGUACUGACAACCAUAGUUCAUCAUGUCUCUCAGCAACAAGGUCGCCAUCACAGACGUUGACCUCAAGGACAAGCGCGUCCUCAUCCGGGUCGACUUCAACGUCCCCCUCGACGCCAACAAGAACAUCACAAACAACCAGCGUAUCGUCGGUGCCCUCCCCACCAUCAAGUACGCCGUCGAGAAUGGCGCCAAGGCCGUCAUCCUCAUGUCCCACCUCGGCCGUCCCGACGGCAAGGUCAACCCCAAGUACAGUCUGAAGCCCGUUGUCUCUGAGCUCGAGAAGCUCCUGGGCCGCAGCGUUGUCUUCGCUGAGGACUCUGUUGGCAAGGAGACCGAGGAGACCGUCAACAAGGCCUCUGGUGGUCAGAUCGUUCUGCUUGAGAACCUCCGUUUCCACGCUGAGGAGGAGGGUAGCUCCAAGGAUGACCAGGGCAACAAGAUCAAGGCCGACAAGGAGAAGGUCGCUGAGUUCCGUAAGGGAUUGACUGCUCUCGGUGACGUUUACAUCAACGACGCUUUCGGUACCGCUCACCGUGCCCACAGCUCCAUGGUCGGUGUCGACCUCCCCCAGAAGGCCUCUGGUUUCCUGGUCAAGAAGGAGCUUGACUACUUCGCUACCGCUCUGGAGAAGCCUCAGCGCCCCUUCCUUGCUAUCCUUGGUGGCGCCAAGGUCUCUGACAAGAUUCAGCUGAUCGACAACCUGCUCCCCAAGGUCAACAGCCUCAUCAUCACCGGUGCCAUGGCUUUCACCUUCAAGAAGACCCUUGAGGGCGUCAAGAUCGGAAACUCCCUCUUCGACGAGGCCGGCAGCAAGAUCGUCGGCGAGAUCACCGAGAAGGCCAAGAAGCACAACGUCGAGAUCGUCCUCCCCGUCGACUACGUCACGGCUGACAAGUUCGCCGCCGACGCUAAGACCGGCUAUGCCACUGACGCCGACGGUAUCCCCGACGGCUACAUGGGUCUCGACGUUGGCGAGAAGAGUGUCGAGCUGUACAAGAAGACCAUUGCCGCUGCUAAGACCAUCCUGUGGAACGGUCCCCCCGGUGUCUUCGAGUUGGAGCCUUUCGCCAACGCUACCAAGAAGACUCUCGACGCUGCUGUCGCUGCUGCUCAGGCCGGCACCAUCGUCAUCAUCGGUGGUGGUGACACUGCUACCGUCGCUGCCAAGUACGGUGCCGAGGAGAAGCUGAGCCACGUCUCCACCGGUGGCGGUGCUUCGCUGGAGCUCUUGGAAGGCAAGGACCUGCCUGGCGUUGCUGCCCUGUCGAGUAAGUAAAUGAGUACCCUGUAAGAAGGGGUUUUGGAAAUCUAUCUGGCUAUUUAACCAGUCCUGUUUUGGCAUAACUUAUAUACCCCGAAAUAGGGGAUGAUGGUUCAUGAAUGUAAUGUACAAGAAAAUUCAGAUUAAUUAAACGAAACUAUAAAAACAUUUGAAAUGGGAUUCUAAUACAAGGUGAUAUUAGAAGCGGGCCCCAAGCUCUGAGCUUGAUACGAUAUCAACCUUAUCCUAUAGACCAGCAUAUAACGAGUAAUCAGCACAUACAUGUACUUGAUGACGGUUCAUUCAUUAACAAUCAAUAAUGAUUCGUAGCAUAUAGUAAAGUACCGCACCAGCCACAGCCUUGCUCUACGACAGUAGCCGUAUCGCCAGCAGACAAACAGUUUCUGCAGGGCACAACACACCCAAUACAGCCUUUUCUAUCUGUAUGUAGAUCAAUCCCCUCACUCAAUAUUCAGCA